UUUGGCGUCAUACAAUUAACUUAAAACAAAUCAUGCAAAAUACCAGAAGAAAACUAAAUAUUGAAAAUUAAUAUUUCAUUACGGAAUAUUUGGUCGCAGAGAAUAGACGACAAAAAUAUACUGCAUAGACCAAAUUGUUUUGCGAAAUUUUUUCUUGUGUUUGCCGGUUCUCUUGAAAUAAUUGAAAUAUUAAAAGAAAAAAUUAAAAUAAAUAUUAUCUUUUAAUUGUGGUUUUAAAAUUUUUUUGUUAUUAAGUAAUAUUUCGCGUAAAAAGAAAAAUAUUUCUAACCCACCACUAUAAAAGUUUUUAAAUAAUGGCAAAAUUAAUGAAUAGUUUUUUAAUAAUUUGUUUAAUUUUCAACUUCAUAUUGUUGCUGCUUGUGCCAACCAUUGAGUGUUCCUCGUCAACGGCUUCCUCCAAGUCCGCAGUGCAGUGUAAAGAAUUGAAUCAAUGGAAUUGUUAUUCAUCUCGAAAUGAGGGAUACUUUUGCAACAGUAAAGAUCAAAGUACAACUGAAACUAGAUGGUUUUACGAUAAGGGACACUGUCGAAAAUUCGCCUAUAAAGGCUGCAAUGGCAAUCGUAAUCGUUUUUGUACCAAAGAAACCUGCAUGAAAAGAUGUCAAGGAGAAUAGAAUAUAAGAAUAAUAAAAUCUUUAAUAAUUCUAAAUAUAUACAUUUUUUAAUUUACAUAUUAUACACUUAAAUAUAAUGUAUAAGUAAACAUUUUGAAAAUGUUAAUAAAUUGUAUUUUAAGCUACAAAAAAAUAAUAAAACUAAAUAUAAAGGAACAAUUUAGUUUUGCCAUCAGCUUAUUUGCAAUUGAUGGUAGAAAAUCAUGACAAAAAUAUUUCCACUCCAUAAGGUUUUUAUCACUUUUAUGACAAUUUUGAAAAAAUAUGAAAAUCAUUUAAUAAAUGUGUGACAAAUUUUUUUACUAACAAAAACAACUAUGCAUAACAAAAAAAAUUAAUAAUAAGAAUAUAAAACAUAUUUUUUCUGUAUCUUAUGACACUUUUCCAACACUAAAGAAAUAAAUAGCAAAAAUCUGAAAAAAAACAUAAGAAUAUCAAAAUCUACUUUUACAAAUCAUCAUUCGAACAUUUGGCAUUUUAAAUGACACACAUUUUAACAUAAAAAAUUGUACUCGUACAAUUGUACUUCUACCCACUAUAAUACUCUUGGAUGAUGUGGCUCUUUGUGUCCACGUUUCUGGUGUUGUCUUCUUUUCUCUCCCCUGGUGUCUUUCUCUAUUGAUUGAACAACAAAUGUUGUCAUAUUUGAUUAUUUGAACUAAGAAUAGAUUUGUUUGUAGUUUGUUUGCUGUACUAUGUACCAUAUAAUAGAAAUACUAAAUGUUCAUACUAAAUCCAUGUCCCAUUAUCUAUCACAUCACAUAUGUUAAAGAAUGAAUUCAUUUUGAAAUUGUUUAUCAAAAUAUUAAUUAAAUUAAUUGAUAUCAGUUAAUGAUUUUGAAAAGAACCAAUGUAAAUGUAUUUAAAAUGGUAUACCUAGUAAUAAAACAUUAUUGUAUGAGAUAUACAUAGGUGAAAUCUUGCCGGAAGAUAUCCACAUUUGAUACAAAGUUACAAUUACAUUCCGCUGGCUCCUCCCCUUUUGUGGAACAGACAGACGUAUGGUAUUACAUACAUGGCGAAAAAAAAGAACAAUAAAAAUCGUCAACUAUUCUACCAAUUAACUACUAUUUUAUUUUAUCACAGCAUGUUCUUAUAUGGAUUUUUUGAAAUUACUACAAUAAUUGAGUUCUUUUAAGUAGAUUUUCACACUAAACAGGAAAAGAUUUUGUUAAUUUCGUUAAAAAAAACUAUAAGAAAAUUAUAUGAAGUGACGCAUUUAAGACCUUUUUUGACAUGAAAGAGUCAAUCACAUGAGUAUUCGUAAAUAUGUUUGAGCAGCAUUAGCCUGGCUUAAAAAAAUCUUAUUCUUUUAUACUGCAAUUCGACAAAUUUAAACUUUUUAGUAACUGAUUAGCUUAUUAAAACAAAAUUAAAAC